AUGCAGCGCAUCGUCCGUUGGUCCCUGGCCGUUUCUGUCUUUCUCGCCGUGUCGUACACGCUCGCCUAUGUCCCGCGGUGGUACCGCAACGUCCAACGCUCGGGAAGACUCGACCCUCGGCCCGUCCGCUGGGAGGGAGGCCACCUCAAGUCGCCGCCGGAGCCGUCGUGGGACGCGGUCAGAAGAUGGGAGGACAACCUCCCGCAGCAUAAUCUGUCGCUGCCCUUCCCGGAAGGCCGGAACGGGCGUUACGUCAAGUUUUCUACGCAGCCCGGAGGCCUGGGGUGGAACAACGUCUUCACCGAACUGAUACUAUGUGCGCACCUCGCGUACGACUCGGGGCGUGCUUAUGUAUUCCGUGACUAUAGCUGGGCGAUCAACCAUUAUCCGUGGCCGAUCCCCGUGUGGAAAAAAGGCGAAGGCGCCGCCACACCCCGCACGCCGCUGAGCGCGCUGAUAUCCGGGCCGACCGCGGGCGGAAACUGGCCGGCGGGGGACGACGCUCCACGGUCGAUCAGCGAGCGCUGGUGGGAUACCGUCUGCGAAGACCCGAACGACGUCGAGAUCUUAUGGUCCGACGACGCAAAGCGGGACGUCGGGAACGCGCCGGGCGACGAGGUCCUCCGGCACUGGUCACGCCUCCUCCGCGAGUCGCCAAAAAAGUGCAUCGAUGUCCGUGCGGGGCCGUCGGGCAACGACGGGUUUCCACAGACCUUUGACCUCUGGCUCGUCGGCUCGUCGCGGAUGGUGCCCCUAUGGGACAUAUUCAAAGACUCGCCGACGUCGCGCCUGCUCGCUGCGUCCCCGAUCGUGGCAUCCGCCGUCACGCGGAACGAACAUCUCUUCCUCCCGCGCGGCCCGCGCGCGCGCGAAGGGUCCCCGGACCCGUUCGCGCGCAUGAUGGCCGUGCACAUGCGUCGAGGGGAUUACGAGGGCUCGUGCCGCCAUUUUGCGAAGUGGAGCUCGAGCUUCUACGGCUGGAACCAGCUGCCGGUCCUCCCCGACCCGCUCGUGACCGAGCCCGGGGGAGAAUCCGAGGCAAAUACGGCGAUCGUGAUGCGGAGGUGUUGGCCGACGGUCAAGCAGGCGCUGGAGAGGGUGAGGGAGGCGAGGGAGGCGUACGAGUGGGAUCGCGAUAGAGGCGAGGCGAGGCCGUUGGACGUAAUACAUGUGCUAUCUGAGGGAGACGGUGGGUGGUUAAGGGAUUUCCAGGACGGGUUGAGGGCGGAUGGCUGGGGCACCGUCAUCCUGUCCAAGGAUUUGGUGCUUGAUAGCGAGCAAACCGGGGUGGGUAUGGCGGUGGAUAUGGAGAUCGCAAGAAAGGCGGCAGUUUUCAUUGGGAAUGGGUGGUCUUCGUUCACUAGUAAUAUCAUCCAUAGGCGACUAGUAGAUGGUAGAGAGCCGAUAGCAAAUCGCUUUUGGUAG